AUGGACUACACAACGCCCGCAUUUGAGGUCUCUUUCAAGGGGCUACUCUUCGACAUGGACGGCACAAUCAUUGAUUCGACAGCCGCAGUCGUCAAGCACUGGCAAACGGUCGGAAAUGAAAUCGGUGUAGAUCCGGAGGUCAUCUUGCAGACGUCUCACGGCCGUCGGAGCAUAGACAUGCUCAAGGUGCUUAGUCCGGACAAGGCCAACUGGGAAUAUGUGAGACAUAUGGAGGGCUUGCUCCCGAAAUUGCACGGCGCAGACGCCGUCGAGAUUCCAGGCGCGAGAGCCCUCCUCGACGCCUUGAUCGCUGCGUCUGCGCGCUGGGCCAUCGUGACCUCGGGCACCAUGCCGUUGGUAACGGGCUGGCUCGACGUGUUGAAGCUGCCGCAUCCAACGAACUUGGUCACAGCUGAGUCCGUCGCUAACGGGAAGCCCGACCCGGCAUGCUACGAUCUGGGGCGAGAGAAGCUCGGGCUCGGUUCUGAUGAUAGUCCUGAUAUCCUCGUCUUGGAAGAUAGUCCUGCUGGUAUCAGGUCUGGCAAGGCCGCAGGGUGUAAAGUGUUGGGCUUGGUUACGAGCCAUACGACCGAACAGGUGCUUGCCGCCGAACCCGAUUGGAUUGUCCGAGAUCUGCAGUCCGUCAAAAUGGUCCGAAGCGAGAAAGACGGCUCUGUGACGCUACAGAUUUCAGAUGCCUUGGCUGUUCUACCCGCAUCUGUUUCAAAUGGGAACUGA